AUGCAGAGCUGCGGGCGCUGGUGGGGGCGGCUGGCGGCCCGCGGGGCGCCGCACCUGCGGGCGGCGGCGGCGGGGCAGCGGCGCUGGGGCGGCGGGGAGGCGGCGCGGUGCAUCGAGCAGCUCCUGCCGCGGCACGAUGACUUCUCACGGCGGCACAUCGGGCCCCGGGAGCAGGAGAAGCGGGAGAUGCUGCGAACCGUCGGGGUGCAGAGCGUCGAGGAGCUGAUGGACAAAACCAUCCCGGCCAGCAUCCGCCUCCGGAGGCCGCUGAGGAUGGAUGACCACGUCUGUGAGAAUGAAAUCCUUGACACUCUAUACAAUAUUGCAAGCAAGAACAAGAUAUGGAGGUCCUAUAUAGGCAUGGGUUACUACAACUGCUCAGUGCCUCAGCCCAUCGCACGCAACUUGUUGGAGAAUGCAGGAUGGGUUACCCAGUAUACUCCUUACCAGCCUGAGGUGUCCCAGGGCAGGCUGGAGAGCCUCCUAAAUUACCAGACUAUGGUGUGUGAUAUCACAGGAAUGGAUGUGGCUAAUGCAUCUUUGCUGGAUGAAGGGACAGCUGCUGCAGAAGCCAUGCAAUUAUGUCACAGACACAACAAAAGGAGAAAGUUCUAUGUAGAUGCCCGAUGCCACCCUCAAACUAUAGCAAAUUAUACAGGUGUUAUUACUGAGCUCAAAUUACCCCAUGAGAUGGAUUUCAGUGGGAAGGAUGUCAGUGGAGUGUUAUUUCAGUAUCCAGACACUGAAGGGAAGAUUGAAGACUUCUCUGAACUUGUUGAAAGAGCUCAUCAGAAUGGGACUCUCGCCUGCUGUGCUACUGACCUUCUGGCCCUUUGCAUUCUGAAGCCUCCUGGAGAGUUUGGGGUGGAUGUUGUCCUGGGUAACUCUCAGAGGUUUGGUGUCCCUCUGUGCUAUGGGGGACCCCACGCAGCAUUCUUUGCUGUUAAGGAAAAUCUAGUGAGAAUGAUGCCUGGCAGAAUGGUGGGUGUCACAAGAGAUGCAAGUGGGAAGGAAGUGUACCGGCUUGCUUUGCAAACACGAGAGCAGCAUAUCAGGAGGGAUAAAGCUACCAGCAACAUCUGCACAGCACAGGCUCUUCUGGCUAAUAUGUCAGCUAUGUUUGGUAUAUACCAUGGGUCUGAUGGACUGAGGCAUAUUGCAAGACGAGUACACAAUGCUGCCCUAAUCUUGGCUGAAGGUCUCAGGCGAGCUGGUCAUAAACUACAUCAUGAUCUGUUCUUUGAUACCUUGACGAUCACGUGUGGAUGCUCAGUCAAAGAGGUUUUGGACAGGGCAGCUCUUAGAAAGAUAAAUUUUCGGAUUUAUAGUGAUGGCAGACUUGGAGUAUCGCUUGAUGAAACUGUAAAUGAGAAAGAUCUAGAUGACAUAUUAUGGAGUUUUGGUUGCGAGUCAUCUUCUGAGCUAAUUGCUGAGGGUAUGGGUGAGGAAACCAAAGGCAUCCUUAGCACCCCAUUUAAGAGAACUUCCAAAUUCUUGACACACCAGGUUUUCAACAGCUAUCACUCUGAGACAAAUAUCGUGCGGUACAUGAAAAGAUUAGAAAACAAAGAUAUUUCCCUUGUUCACAGCAUGAUUCCCUUGGGGUCCUGCACCAUGAAGCUCAAUAGUUCAGCAGAACUCACACCUAUUACAUGGAGAGAAUUUGCCAACAUCCACCCUUUUGUUCCUCUGGACCAAGCUCAAGGGUAUCAGCAGCUUUUCAAGGAUUUAGAGAAGGACCUAUGUGAAAUUACAGGCUAUGACAAAAUCUCCUUCCAGCCAAAUAGUGGAGCCCAGGGAGAGUAUGCAGGCUUGGCUGCAAUCAAAGCUUAUUUAAAUGCCAAAGGAGAACGUCAUAGAACCGUUUGCCUUAUUCCUAAAUCUGCUCAUGGUACUAAUCCAGCAAGUGCACAAAUGGCAGGGAUGAAGAUUCAGCCAAUUGAAGUGGAUAAAAAUGGGAGCAUUGAUAUUUCUCAUUUAAAAGCAAUGGUGGACAAGCACAAGGAGAACUUGGCAGCCAUCAUGAUCACAUACCCUUCCACCAACGGUGUGUUUGAAGAGGAGAUUGGAGAUGUGUGUGACCUCAUUCACAAACAUGGAGGCCAAGUUUACUUAGAUGGAGCAAAUAUGAAUGCUCAGGUUGGUCUGUGUCGUCCUGGAGAUUAUGGCUCUGAUGUCUCUCACUUAAAUCUUCACAAAACUUUUUGCAUUCCUCAUGGAGGAGGAGGACCUGGAAUGGGACCUAUUGGAGUGAAGAAACACUUGGCUCCCUACUUGCCUACCCACCCUGUGAUCAAAAUACAGCCAGAUAAGGAUGCAUGUCCUUUGGGUACUGUCAGUGCUGCACCUUGGGGUUCCAGUGCUAUAUUGCCAAUUUCCUGGGUGUAUAUCAAGACAAUGGGAGCAAAGGGUCUGAAGCAUGCUUCUGAGAUUGCCAUACUAAAUGCAAAUUACAUGGCAAAGAGGCUAGAGAAACACUACAAAGUCCUUUUCAGAGGAGCAAGAGGUUAUGUGGCUCAUGAAUUUAUUUUGGAUACAAGACCUUUCAAAAAAACAGCAAACAUUGAAGCUGUAGACCUUGCUAAAAGGCUUCAGGAUUAUGGUUUUCAUGCUCCAACCAUGUCCUGGCCGGUGGCAGGGACACUUAUGAUUGAACCUACAGAGUCUGAAGACAAAGCAGAGCUGGACAGAUUUUGUGAUGCAAUGAUCAAUAUUCGUCAGGAAAUUGCUGAAAUAGAGGAGGGCAGGAUGGACCCCCAAAUUAACCCACUAAAGAUGUCACCACACACUCUGAACUGUGUCACUUCUUCCAAGUGGGAUCGCCCCUACUCCAGAGAAGUGGCAGCAUUCCCACUGCCAUUUGUGAAGCCUGAAAGCAAGUUUUGGCCCACAAUUGCUCGCAUUGAUGACAUAUAUGGAGAUCAACAUCUGGUUUGUACCUGCCCACCAAUGGAAGCCUAUGAAUCUCCAUUUUCUGAGCAGAAGAGAGCAUCUUCCUAA